AUGAACGGCAUAGCGGCGAGGGGCCCGAAUGGGUACGAUGCGAGGCCACAGCCGCCCAGGCCAUUGGGCGCUCUCAAUGGCCCCGUCGUGAUCGAUGGCUAUAGACAGCAUGAUUCCAGAAAUGCAGAGAGAAUGCAGAGUUCGGCACAUGUGGAUUUGCGGGACCCGGUGCAGAUGCAUCUGCUCACCGAGACGGCCUUGUACGACAGCAGGGAGUACGAGAUCCUGUCCCAGGAGGAGGUAGACGACCUGAAGAAGGAAGUCCGGUUUCUCAGCGAGAUGAUCGAGCAGACCCGGUCCAAGUUGAUUGUUCAGGCCAAGUUCCGGGACGCUGCCGUAUCCAUGGCACGACUGUAUACGCCAGCAUCCAAGCGUAAGAGCUUGUUAGGUAACCGGACCAGUGUGAGCAGUUCUGCUUCCGAGGUCGAGGCCGAACGUGAUGCGAUCUUGAAGCGUUGUGAUUCUCUCACCUCGGAGCUUCACAACCUGGAGACACGCAUCAUUGAGCCACAAAGGCGGCUGCUCGAGCACACGGCAGGUAUCCUGCAGCUCACACACAAGAACCCGGGCAAGAACAGAGGCGCGGGAACGCCACGGAUGAGAGCCCCGUUGGUGAAUGGGAUCCCGGCUAGCCCUGAGAGCAUGUAUACCACGUCCAAUGGUAGAAACAGCAUGGAUGCCGACGACAUACCUUCCUUUGACGAGGACUCCUGGACCAGGUCCUUCGACGAUGUGCUGGACUUUCCUGGAAUGAACCCAAAGAAAAACACCAUCGAGAUACCCCUGAAAUCACCAGUACGGGUCCAGCAUAAACAGCUUACCGAGGAGAGCGAGAGGCUUCGAGAGGAGAAUUUGUCGCUGCAGCAGGAGGCUGAGGAAUUACGGAAACAGACCGCAUCCCUCAGCGCAGAGUUGGAGACGGUGAAACGGGAAGGUACUGAUCAGUGGCGACUGAUUUCGGAUACCGAGCAGAAGUUGGAGAUGUUCAACGAACAAAUGCGGGAGAUGAUUCUGAAGGCGGACCCAGUAAAGAAUGCCGACUACAGCAGUCCCCCAUCUGGCCAGAUGGAACCUGGGAAUCUGCUUGGUAGCCAUUUGGAAUAUCUGCAAAAGGCCCUCGCCGCCAUGAAUGACAGCUCGGGCAACAACCGAGAGGCUUUGGAAACACUCUUUGACCUCAAUGGUCAGGUGCAACAUCUUCUCACGUCCAACGACGUGGAAUAUUCGAGCCCACCCAGUGCCGAGGCUGGAUUCGAGGAGCAGGUCAGCUACAUGUAUGGUGCAUUCUCUGCCCUUGACACCACUCUCAGAGUGGCCAAUGAACGGUCGCUUGCUGGCGCCGCCGACCGGCAAAGGGGUGAACAGAAUGACGCCGUCCUCAUGGGUGUUUGGGAGAUUAUUCAAUCUGGCUUUGCUGAUAUCGAGCAACAAAGGCAAGACAGAAAGCAGACUCGCAUGGACAAGGGCCUCGAGCCCGAAGACGACGACAUGUCGGAUACGGAGGCUUUCGAUCUUAACGAGGAGUACUCUCUGGCUGCUUUCUCUACCAAGGUGCAGUGGCUGUAUGCCCAGGCUACAAACCUCAAGGAGCAAAAGACCGUCCUGAAGCGACAAAUCAAGCAGCAACGUGAACUCAACAACAAGUCGGAUAGCGAGAAGGACGAAGUCUUGCGACUCAAGGAUGGCGAGCUUGAGCAGACUCGUGCUGCGCUUGCCCGCGUGGAGAAAGAGGCCAGCGACGUCCGCCAAAAGCUCUCUGACGCUGUGAACAAGUACGAAACUGCUCAGAACCACAUUGCACAGUCAAGCACGGAGCAAUCCUCGGCCAUAAGCGAGGCUCAGAGUCAACUCAAGGAGCGCAAUGCCCAGCUUUCCAACUUGCAGGCCAACACCCAGGAGUUGCAAAUGCGCCUAUCUGCCGCCGAAGCCAAUAUUACUACCAUCACGAACCAGCUCAGACUGGCCAACGAUGCUAAGUAUGCUGUUGACCUGCAACUCGAGGAGAAGGAGAAGGAGAUGAAGGCUCAGCAGGAAGAGCUCGACGAGAUGACUGGCAUGGUUGCUGAAUAUAAGAUUGAAGCUACGCUUGCUAAGGCCGAGCUAGAUGGUGCAUAUGGCAGCCGUCGUGAGCGGGCUGCAGAUGCCGCAGCUCUCUACAACAAUGCCGAGUCAGCCAAGUUGCAGCUUAGAGUCGAACGUCUCCAGCCUCGCAUUGAUGAACUAGAAAGUGAACUCAAGGGAACCGUCAAGGACUUGAAGGACAUUACGAAACAGGCGAUCGAUGCCGAGACCAAGAUAGCAGAUCUCGAAACUGAACUGGACCGGGUCAACCAGCGGGCUCGCAAGGACAAGGAGCAACUCCAAGAGUCGCUCGACCAGGAGAGGCUCAAGGCUACCGCCAUGCCACUGUCGCCCAGCGGACGGCCCAACGCCAGCAUCUUGACGGAUUCGUACAGAGACGCGCUCAGAGCAGAGAGAAAGAAGUACGAGCAGCAGCUCAGGGAGGAACAAAUGAACAGGAGAAAGAUCGAGGAGGAACUCAGACAACUCAGAAAAGCCAUGGGCCCGGGCAAGAGCCCGCUCAGCCCAGGCCUGAGGUGA